AUCAUCAUCAUCAUUAACCCCCUCGACUACAUCCGUAUGCUUCACUUCUAACAAUACUUUCUCAGCAAAAACACACAAAGUUGCAAAUAUAUAAGGCGGCCAAUAGAAGUAGAUUGUAUAUUGAGAGAAGGGAUCGGUUCAUUCGCCUGGAAUCGGGACUGUCAAGUGAUCGUGGCCCACUAUGGCUGAUUCAGGUAAUAUCAAAGUGGUGGUACGAUGUCGUCCAUUGAACACACGUGAAAAGAAUCGUGGUGCCUCUCAUUUGAUCGAAUGCAAAGACCAACAUCAAUUAAUCCUCAAUCCUCCAGGCGAAGGAGAUUCCCGCGAAAAUGCAAAAGCGACAAAGAAGAAAGCUAUGCCUUUCUCCUUCGAUCGGGCUUACGAUGAAGACACAGAACAGUCAGAAUUAUUCGAGUAUGUCGGUCUAGAAUUGCUAGAGCAUAGCUUCAAUGGUUUCAACACUUGUGUUUUUGCAUAUGGUCAAACAGGUUCGGGAAAGUCACAUAGUAUGGUGGGAUACGCUGAAGCAAAAGGUUUGAUUCCUUUGACAUGCUCUCGUUUGUUCGAUGACGCAAAUGGAUUGAUGGAGAAGGAUCCAAAUCUUAGAAUCACAGUGGAAGUCUCAUACAUUGAAAUUUACAACGAAAAGGUGCGGGAUUUACUCAACCCGAAGAAUAAAGGUAAUCUCCGUGUUCGUGAACAUCCUAGUCUAGGUCCCUACGUCGAAGAUCUGAGUAAAUUGGUGGUGAAGGAUUUCCAAGAUAUUGAGAGCUUAAUGGACGAAGGUAACAAGGCACGUACUGUUGCUGCAACCAACAUGAACGAAACUUCAUCUCGAUCGCAUGCUGUCUUCACGCUCGUGGUAACACAAAAGCGUAAAGAUGAAGAGACAAAUCUAGAAGCAGAAAAAGUUUCACGAAUCAGUUUAGUCGAUCUAGCUGGAUCUGAAAGAGCAAACUCUACAGGUGCAACGGGAUCGCGAUUGAAAGAAGGUGCAAAUAUCAAUAGAUCCCUUACAACCUUGGGUAAGGUUAUUGCAGCUUUAGCACAAGCAUCCAUGGAACCCGCCAAAGGUGCGAAGAAGAAAGCGGCACUAGAAAAUUUUGUACCAUAUCGAGACUCAGUCUUGACUUGGCUGUUAAAAGAUAGUCUCGGAGGUAAUUCCAAAACUGCCAUGAUUGCUGCCAUUUCUCCAGCAGAUUAUGAAGAAACUCUCAGUACUCUACGAUAUGCUGAUCAAGCAAAGAAGAUCAAGAACAAAGCCGUCGUCAACGAAGAUCCAAAUGCAAAACUUAUUCGCGAACUCAAAGAGGAAUUGGAGAUGUUGCGAAAUCGUGUUCAAAUUGGUGGUGGAGGCGAAGGAGAAGGAACAUGGGAUCCAAGUGUUCCACCGGAAAAGCAAGUUGUCAGAUAUAAGACGAAGAAUGGAGAAAUCAAAACGGUUACUAAAGCAGAACUACAGGAUCAAUUGGAACAAAGCGAAAAGAUUAUGGAAAGUUUGAAUCAAAGCUGGGAACAAAAAGUUGCUCAAACUCGCGCCAUUCAGAUCGAAAGAGAGAAAGCUUUGGAAGAGUUGGGUAUCACUGUGGACAAAGGCAACGUUGGUGUCCAUACGCCCAAAUCUUUACCACAUCUUGUCAACUUGAACGAAGAUCCGCUCAUGUCUGAGUGUCUUAUUUAUCAACUCAAACCUGGUACUACGUCUGUAGGCAAUCUUGCGGGUGACGCAGCAGAAGGCACUGCUCAAAUUCGUCUUAGUGGUGACACAAUCUUGCCAGAGCAUUGUCUAUUCGAAAACGUAGAUGGAGUUGUCACUCUACAUACCAAAAGCUCAGAAUCGCAAACCAUGGUCAACGGUAAGAAAGUCACACCAGAAGAACCAAGAAGGCUACGGUCAGGGUAUCGUAUCAUUCUUGGUGAUGAUUUCCGACACGUUUUCCGGUUCAACCAUCCUGAAGAGGUACGUAAAGCGCGUGAUAGAAUACGAUUAGCCUCAACGGCUGGCGGAGAUGAAACGGAUGAUAAUAUCCCACGAUCCGAUUCACCAACCUCUGACGCGAAUGAAGGCAAUGUUGAUUGGACGUAUGCUCGCAGGGAAGCUGCUUUGGCCGCUGUACAUGGGCAAGAUGUCAACUUUGACGCUUUGAACGAAGAUGAUCUGGAAAAGUUGUAUGAAGAUAUCAUGAAAGCACGUUCGAAAAAGAUCGGCAGCGGAGCAUGGCGACCGGAAAGCCGAUUGAGCUCGUUUGAUGACAAUACCAGCGAGACUGCAAGCUCAGAAGUAAGACCGUACUCGAUGAGCGCUUAUACCGAUGAUACAAGCUUAGAUCCUUGGAGCAUUAAUAUAGAUGGCGAUGGGCCCAGUCUCUUACCCUCUCUGAGCACACCAGAGCCUGAGCAAGAGCAAGAAUCACAAGAAACUGUCGAUCUGCGCAAGCAAGUGAAAGAUUACCAAGACCAGAUUACAAAGCUUUCCGUUCAACAGAAGAUCACAUCUCUUGAUUUACCUGCAAAUUUCUCACCACGAGAAAAGAGACUGUUGAAGAACGCUUUGGCAAAAUGGAGAAAUCAAACAAAAGUUUCCAUGGCAGAAGAUAUUUUGUCAAAUGCAGUUUUGCUCAAAGAAGCAAAUGUGAUCAGUCGAGAAUUACGCAAAUCUACCACAUAUCAAUUCACCAUUGUGGACGAGGGUGUACUGUCUAACCCAACUUCAAAUGUCGAGGCCAUUGCAGGAUUGUCGGAAUUCGACGAUGUUGCCGAUGCAUCCCUAGCAAGUGCACCAAAGCCGUGCGUAGCUGUGAAAGUGAUCGAUCAUGCACAUCCUUCGGUCUAUAUCUGGUCAAUUGCAAAGCUUGAGCAAAGAUUACAAAAGAUGAGGAACCUCUACACAUUCAUUGAUAGACCGGAAUAUAGCCAACACUUCAAUUGGGCUGACCCAUUCUAUGAUGAUAAUACCCAUGGCGUAAACUUUACCUUUAUUGGCAAUGCUUUGAUACCCCUUACGCCUUUAUACCGUCAAACAUCAGCACAAUAUACCAAACUUCCGAUACAUUCACGACAUACACACCAAAAGAUAGGAUCAUGCAAAGCAGAAUUGAAAUUCAUUAGUCUUACUGGGUCCCAAAACGGCUCAAGCAAUGGUUCUUCUGAAGCUGGAACAGGCAAUGGGGACUUGCUUCCUGGUCAAAAGCUAGGAUGCCAGCUGUCAAUCGAGUCAGUCAGUAUAAAAGGAAGCAAGAACGAAUUCGAGAAAAUGCAUUUGCAAGUGCGAAUGGCAGCUUUAGCUGGUGAGAAAGGCAGUCAGGACAUUUUCACUUCCAUACCGGCCGAAUCUUCAACAGAUCUCAAAUUACGCAAAACAAUCUCUUUCAUACUUGAUAAGGAGAACAUCUCUCGAUUACGGGAACAAAUGUUGCCUGUCGAAUUCUUUGCCACGGUCAAAGAAGGUUAUCUCAAAUCUCUUGAAAUAUACGAUACGGGUAAAGAAGCGGACCGCACCAUUGGACAUGCACCAAUUCAGGAUGGAAUGAGCAAUGGCAAUGCAAGCUCUAUAGAUCAUGAAGACGAACGUCCAAGUCUCACCGUCAAGUCUACUUCUUCUGGCCGCUUGAGCGAAAGAGAAAUGGUGUCUGAAGAGCGUCAUGAUAUAUUGGCCGCUGUUCAAAUUUGUGAGCUUGAUAGUUCUGGUACCUACAAACCUGUGCAAGUCCGAUCUCAAUCGAUGCUUGAUCCAGGCGCCUUUUACCUCAGACAAGGGUUGCAACGCAAAUUAGUGAUCCAAUUACGCCAUGACUCAGGUCAUCAAUUCCCGUGGUCAAGUUUCUCAAAUGUGACUUUAGGCUCUGUUCGUCUGCUCGAUUCAAAAGGCAAGAUUCACUCUUCUACAUUGGGAGAGGGUGUUUCGUUAAAGACUCCGGUCAAGCAACAAACGCUCAAUUUCAAUCCAAAUGGAACCACUGAUUUAGAGUUGUGGACUUGGUGGGAUAGCAGCAUGCACGAUUCCAUCUUUUUGAAUCGAACAACAGCGUCUAAUCAACGUGUUCUACUCAACCUCAAAUUCGAAGUGACUGUUGAAUCAUGCAUUGAGCCUGUCGCAUUUGAGAUGGACAUUGCUGUAACAAUUCAUGCAAGGGAUGCCAAAGCUCCCGGUAAGCUGCUCAACAUGCUUGAAUCUGCCACAAUUGGAAGUCGAGUUCUGACAAAGACAAGCAAUAUAUUCGCAGUUAGACUUACGCCUCCUAUGACAAAGAAGAGUAAAGAAUUAUGGAGAUUAGACACCGCCACCAAAUACGUACGUGGACAAGAAACAUUAGAAGGAAAAUGGAAGCCAAGAAGUGUUGGAUUGAUUCAUGAAUAUGCGCAAUUUGUCCGCAAAGAGCGAAGAUAUGCAGAAGUGGAAGGUGUUCGUGCCUUGCUUAAAGCUCAUCCUCCUUUAUCCCUAUUGGAAAAUAAUGGUCACAAAGGAGAAUCAAUUGACGAAGAAGCACUUAUCCGAAAAUCACUUGAUGCAUGGAAAUCCGUCAUGAUGGACGCCAAAGUGUCUGUCUUGGCCCGCGAGAUUGACGAAAAUCGGCAAACACAAUUUGGUGAAGAUACAAAAGAGCAGAACGGUCUCGUACCCAACGGCAAGGAAGAGGCAAAUCAUGGCACCGACAAAGAACCAGAGGCUCCACUUCCCACAAAGCUCAAAGCAACUGUCACCCUAGUACCAAAGAGUGACACAGCCAAUAAGCGAGGUUAUCUGUUUAUGCCGAUCGAAGCAUUUAGCGACCAAUGGGUGAAAAGAUGGUUCGUUCUUCGACGUCCAUAUUUAUACGUUUAUGAAUCAAGUUCGGAAUUAGACGAAUUGCUGGCAAUGCAUUUAGGAUCCGUUCGUGUUGAACAUGAUGAAAAUAUUGAAAAUAUGUUGAACAAGAAAUGCAUUUUUGGUUUAUAUACUGCAGCAAAUUCGUACUUUUUGCAAGCUCCAAAUUCGCAAGAAAUGGAACAUUGGAUGAAUUCGUUAAGCAUUCGCAGGUAACCUUACCAUCUCAUACAUUCUUUAACUAUUUUCUUGUAUAUAUACCCCGGCUUUUUUAUCGUUAUAAUAACACGAAAUGUCACUCUUUACGCA